AUGAAAGGACUGCUAAAGGAAAUAAGCGGAAGGCACCCGGAAAUAAGCGAGAUCAUGAAAGGCGGUGUAACAGAAGGCCAGUUAGAGUACUUCGAGAAGACCACAAAGAUAAACUUCAGGAACAAAGACGAAGAGAAAAGCCAACUUGUUUACAUCCUACCUAUCGAUAUAGACAAAAAUGGAGUAAACAACAUGAAGGAGGUACAUAAACUCGUAGAAGAUAGCAAGAGAACGGUGCAGACUCAUGGUCGGAAAAAGAGCACCUUUAUACCGGAUGAUGGGAUAAACAAAUCAUACCUGAGGAGGAUCCUAGAGUACGUGUUUAACAAAGCGAACAUCGAGGUAAAGCUGAUGACAGCCAGAGGAAAAGACCGAGAGCAUAGCAGACCCUGGCCAAGUAAAACACAAGCCCAAUCUCAAGCGGUGAUCGUUAAGAAAGGGGGCCGGCAGUACGCCGAUCUCCUAAAGACAGUGAAGCAGAAUAUCGAUUUAGGGAAAAUCGGUGUCAAAGUCAGGAACAUAAGAGAGACCGCAAGAGGAGACCUACUGCUGAACGUGGAAGGGGGUGGUGAGAAGGCAGACUCCCUUAAAAAAGAAAUUGCCGCCCAGCUCAAGGAUGUAGGUGUCUCGCUAGCCAAUAACGAUGCCACUGUACACAUCAGCGAUAUAGACCCUACAGUCACCGAGGAGGAGAUCGAGGAAGCAAUUUACGAGGCAACCCAAGUAGACAGAGCAGCACCAGUGAAGGUGUUGAAUAUGAGGCCCACCAGAGAUGGAAAUAGAAUUGCAACUGUCAGGUUAUCAAAGCAUCUGGCGAAAGUCCUAAGCAACAGAGGCAAGCUGAUGAUAGGCUGGGUGGCAUGCAGAGUCCGUGAGAGAAUAGCUGUAACCAGAUGUUACAGAUGCUUGGAAUUCGGACACAUUCAAAAUGGAUGCACAGGCAGGGAUAGAUCGGGAGAAUGUCUGAGCUGCGGAAAAAUGGGUUAUAAAGCGAAAGACUGCCAAACGGACCCUUUUUGUUCUUCCUGUCAAGAAGCCGGUCACCGCUCCGACUCAACCAGAUGUCCUAAGUAUAGGAGGAUGGUGGAGGAUAAAGCAAAGUGGAGAGGCAGCUUCCGCAAGUAA